UGUCAGUAGCACACUGAACGUGGCUGGGAGCGAGGCAAUGCAGCUCCUUACGUGACGUAGCGUUAACUCGGUAUAACUGCCAAAGUAAAUAAAAAGUAUUAUUUUGUGGAGUGCUGGAAAAACAAUUCCAGUUUACGGGUUUGUAUGUAUCAAUAUUAUUUCUGAAACGCCGUUCUCUCCUGUCCUUGUUUGAAUUUUCCCAUGGAUGUUGUGUGUACAUCAUAGACUAUUUUGAAGGACCAAGAGCUAAGAUCCACGAUUUUGGAGUAACGUCUCGCAAGUGACAUACAGCCCAUCUGCAAAUGUAGAUAACCUACCGCACAAGCAGAAAAACAACCACGCAUCAAAAUGUAUGGAAUGCUGCUUGAGAGUGUGCAACAUUUUGUGCAGUUAGAGUACGGAGAAGAGGUAUGGCGAAAAGUACUGGCGCUAUCAGGAUGCAAGUAUGCAGUUUUCAACACGCACCAAGUGUAUCCAGACAACAUUAUGGCCUCUUUAGCUUCGGCUUUGGCCACUACAACUUCCAACUCCUACGAAAGCUUCAUGAUGUUUUUCGGAAAGUGUUUCGUAAGAUUCUUUAGUAACUACGGAUACGAUGCUACAAUAAAAGCAACAGGAAGAUAUUUCACGGAUUUCUUAGACAACGUAGACAAUAUACAUUCCCAAUUCAGACUGUCCUAUCCCAAAAUGAAAAGUCCCUCGAUGUAUCUGACGGACGUUGAUGAGAACGGAUGUAUCCUCGUUUACAGGAGUCAAAGGCAGGGAUUUACGCAUUACGUCAUGGGGCAACUGGAACAAAUUGCUAAUGAGAUCUAUAAUUUGAACUUGAAUACAUCUGUCGUUGAUCAGGAAAUUUCAACUGCUCCAUCUGGGAAAACUUUGUAUAUCGUUAAUUUGAGGCUCAACUUUGAUAACUCACAUUACAUUGAAUCGAAAAAGGCAGCAAAAGCAACCCAUCUGCAACUUACCAGCUGGCUACCCGCCUUCUCAUGUGACCUCCUGUUCGAGCUCUUUCCUUUUGCAGUCCUUUUUGACCCUGCUAUGACUGUUGUAGGCUGUGGAGGCAAACUACUUGAACUAGCCGGUGGGUGCAAGGAACAGUUGUUGAGGCAACCUCUGGAUAACAUGUUCAAACUCAGGAGGCCGAAGGGUAUAGCUUUUACUUGGAAAAACGCUUUCUAUCUCAAAUCUGUCAUGUUCGAAAUAGAAGUACUGAGAAGUGAAAUAAUGAAGAAAGCUGAUGACGCCCCCAAAGAAUCAUCAAAGAACAUCUUGCUCGAACAAGAAAUUGAAAUCGACGGAAAAAGUAUAUCUCCAUAUACUUUAAGAAGGGAUAGUACACCGGGCCUGAAAAACAUUUUGUUGAAAGGUCAGAUGUAUUACCUGCAGGAUGUCAUUGGAAUCAUAUACCUCUGUAGUCCAGUGAUAAACAACAUCAGCGAACUAACUGAUCACGGAUUAUAUUUAAAUGAUCUGAAUCCGCACGGCCUAGGCAGGGAAAUGGUUUUAGCUGGCUGGCAAAACAAUUCAAAGUUACAGUAUAUGUUUGACAAGGCAGAACAGAGAGCCACAGAGUUGGAGAACAAUUAUAUGCUUCUGGAUACAUGGAAAAGGAGAGGAGAUGAUUUACUGUACUCGAUGAUUCCGAAAUCGGUAGCUGAUAGAUUGAGGACUGGGCAUAGUCCUUUGAGUACCUGCGAGUCUUUCGAUUUAGUGACUGUGAUGUUCUGUGAACUGGUUGGUCUGAACUCUACUACAGUACAGGAUGCUAUGGAGUUAGUUAGCACGAUGAAUGCAGUAUUUUCAUGUUUCGAUUCACUGAUGGACACAUAUAAUGUGUACAAGGUUGAAACAGUGGGUCAAAUAUACAUGGCUGUCUGUGGGGCCCCAGAACGCAACGAAAAUCAUGCGCAGAAUAUCAUCGAUGUCUCUCUUUGCAUGGCUAAGCACGUCAAGCAGAUGCAGAUGCCCUCUAGGGCCAAGGUUGACAUUAGAAUAGGUGUUCAUUCUGGAAUGGUCGUAGCUGGAGUUGUUGGAAUUAAACUACCUAGGUAUUGUUUCUUUGGAGACACUGUUAACACAGCUUCAAGGAUGCAAUCGACUAGUGAGCCUGGCAUGGUCCAUAUAUCCAAAGUCACAAAGUGUCUACUACCACCAAAUGGAUACGUCUUACGAACUAGAGGAUUUGUGAAACUGAAGGUGAGAAAAUCGAAGCUACAACUGUAUGCACUGUAAAUGAUUAGUGUGCGUACCCUACUAUUUAACUACUUUUGUGUUGUUUAAUCCACUAAAAUAUCCUUUUUGUUCGCUGUUACGCUUAAG